AUGGCGACGGCGGCGACUGAGGGGGGCGGGGGCGGGGAGCCCCGGGGAGCUGAUGGGGUCUACAUGGGGGCCCCGGGGGAAGUGGAGAUAGUGAAGGGGCAGCCAUUCGACGUGGGUCCUCGCUACUCGCAGCUGCAGUACAUCGGCGAGGGCGCGUACGGCAUGGUCAGCUCAGCUUAUGACCACGUGCGUAAGACUCGUGUAGCCAUCAAGAAGAUCAGCCCCUUUGAGCAUCAGACCUACUGCCAGCGUACACUGCGGGAGAUCCAGAUCUUGCUGCGCUUUCGCCAUGAGAAUGUCAUUGGCAUCCGAGACAUCCUGCGGGCACCCAACCUGGAAGCCAUGAGGGAUGUCUACAUUGUGCAGGACCUAAUGGAGACAGACCUGUACAAGUUGCUCAAAAGCCAGCAGCUGAGCAAUGACCACAUCUGCUACUUCCUCUACCAGAUCCUGCGGGGCCUCAAGUAUAUCCACUCGGCCAAUGUGCUCCACCGAGACCUAAAGCCCUCCAACCUUCUCAUCAACACCACCUGUGACCUUAAGAUCUGUGAUUUUGGCCUGGCCCGGAUUGCUGAUCCUGAACAUGACCACACUGGCUUCUUGACAGAAUACGUGGCUACACGCUGGUACCGGGCACCAGAGAUUAUGCUCAACUCUAAGGGCUACACCAAGUCCAUCGACAUCUGGUCUGUGGGCUGCAUCCUGGCUGAGAUGCUCUCCAAUCGGCCUAUCUUUCCUGGCAAGCACUACCUGGACCAGCUCAACCACAUUCUAAGUAUUCUGGGCUCCCCAUCUCAGGAGGACCUGAACUGUAUCAUCAACAUGAAGGCCCGGAACUACCUACAGUCUUUGCCAUCCAAGACCAAGGUUGCCUGGGUCAAGCUUUUUCCCAAGUCAGACCCCAAAGCCCUUGAACUACUGGACCGGAUGUUGACCUUUAACCCCAACAAACGGAUCACAGUGGAGGAAGCACUGGCCCACCCCUACCUGGAACAGUACUACGACCCUACAGAUGAGCCUGUGGCUGAGGAGCCCUUCACCUUUGACAUGGAACUGGAUGAUCUACCCAAGGAGCGGCUGAAGGAGCUCAUCUUCCAGGAGACAGCCCGCUUCCAACCCGGGGCAGGAGAAGCCCCCUAACUUGGACUGAUGCCCCUGCUCCCCAGAACCUGCUCCUGCCUCCUGACUGCCUCUCCCCUGCUGGACUGUUAGAGAAUGGACACUGUGCCCAGCCCAGACUCUGGUGGCCCCAGCCAGGGCAGAGGAUGGGUCUGGCCACCUCUCUCCUGUGCUUGGAGCUUCCUGUUUGGAGCAGGCCAAGGCC